AGCAUACUUUUGGCCAUAAUAUUUUCUAGUGAGAUAAAAUAUUAUUUUGGUUCCACAUAUAUCAUUUUGUGUAUAGAAAAUAUCUAUAAUAUUUUCUAAAUAUUAUUGGAAAUAUUUUCUAUAGAAAUAUACAAGAUUAUUAUUAUCCCAAAUUUUAAUCUUUAUAUUUUAUACUACUAUAAUCUUUACUAGCAUAAAGAUUGUGGUAGACUCCGGCGUUGUUCGUGUGUCAAAGUUGGAGACCGGACGCUUGAACGGUUACGUUUGCACUUUCAACGCUCUUCCUACGACUUCUUCGUUUUUACCGCUUACGGAGAGAGGUAUAAAUUUCUUACUCACUAUAAGUUUUAGUACGUGAUUCUGGGCAAGAUAAUCAUUUUGGCUACGUUGGAUGUAUCCUUUCGAAAGAGAAAUGAAGAUAUUCAAGGGAUAUGUACGCAAUCGUGCUUAUCCUGAAGGUUCAAUUGCCGAAGCGUAUAUUGCAGAGGAGGCAAUUGAGUGUUUAGUGAGUUCUGAAGAUUGUACAGUAGGAUUGCCAAAACGUUUCCAGGGUGCACAAUCUAGACCCCUAUCUGGUGCGACGAUGAUCACACCGACCAAUAAUGACUUGCACCUAGCACAUUUGUGUUUCCUCGAAAACUGUGAUGAUGUCCAACCAUACUUUAUUGAACAUAUGGGUGCUUUGGUGAAAAUGUAUCCACAACGUUCUAAUGAUGAGGAGUGGCUCAAGAACAAGCAAAACGAAACUUUCCCGGGCUGGUUUCGUAGAAAAAUUUCAACAGACUUGCUUGUGGAGAAUAAUACAGUAUCAACGGAACUAAUGUGGAUUGCAGAAGGGCCUAACAAGGAUGUACCCACUUUCAGUGGGUAUAAAAUCAAUGGUGUGACCUACAGAACCAAAGAACGUGAUGAUAUGCGUCAAGUUCAGUUUAGUGGUGUUUGUGUAGAAGCUCAAACAAUGCUCGUAGUUGUUCAUGUCGAUAUGCUAGCAGUGCUUGUCCUCCUGUAUAUUGAUGUUGCUGUGUCUUAAGUUGUGUCCUCCUGAUGGAUACGUUGGGCCAUAGUUUUUUUGCUUUUUGGGUAUAACAAUAAUGCUGUUCACUUGGUGGCUUUUCCCAAGAAUGGAUGAUUGAAGGAUGAACCUGCUUCAAGGAUAU